AUGACAACAGUACCUAAAGGGGAUUGGCAUGAUCCUAUACAUGCACAAGAAAACCGUACGUUCACUGAAAGUGAAUAUUCCCAAGAUGGAAAUGAUGAAUCUUGGACUUUAGAAGAAAGAAAUGAAAUAGAAUUAUGCGAAAAAUUUAACGCAUUUGAUAAAAAUGGAUCAGGUGAAAUUGAUGUAAACGAAUUGCAAGAAAUUUUAUCAGAAGAAAAGCGAAAACCAUUCCAAAUUAAUGUACUCAAAAGUCUGAUGGCAAAGUAUGAUUGUGAUAAUUCUGGUACAAUUGAUUUUAAUGAAUUUCGACAGUUAUGGACAUAUUUGCGCAGUAUUAUAUUAAGUUUUCGAUCUUAUCAACUCGUUUCGAAAGACGAGAUUGCGAUAUGGAAGCUAAUGGAAGUAUUAAAAGAUAUUACUGGCAUUGAUAUAACAGAGAAAGUGUGUGAUGUGUUAGUAAAACUUUAUGUUGAAAAGAAACCGUGGUAUAGGCACCGUAGGCAUAAUAUUCAUUUGGACGAAUUUAUUGCAAUGGUCAACGAAAUUCAAACGUGUGUUGAAGAAUAUGAUAAUAUGUCUAAUAGCAGACAUGGUUUUGAUGAUUAUCUGUUGAAUGAUUUGAAAAACCGGCAUAAAUAA